GUUCAAAAGAACGACUUAUUCAGGAGUCGGUUCAUCGCUACCCGUUGUGCUAGUCAAGAAUGGCAGAGAUGGACGACGACGGUGAUCUCCACAACGUCCGGGACGAAGACGAAGGCGAUUCUGAGCAGGAAGAGGAGGGGGAUUUCGAAUGGGAUGCGCCAGAAGAUGUAAGAGACUUUGACUGGGUCGAGGAGGAAGAGGUCGUUCUGGACACUGACACUUCCAAGUCCUUUCACUUAGACACUCCAGCAGAGAGGAGUGGACAUAUUGCUGUGGUCGAUAGGAACUGCAUGUAUGUUUGGGGAGGAUACAAGAAUGCUGAAGCAACAGCCUUCUUUGACCUGUACUUGCCAAAGAAUGAAGUCUGGAUAUACAACAUGGAGACAGGAAGAUGGAGAAUGAAACUGUCAAAAGGAGACCUUCCUGCCCCUAUGUCAGGCAGCUGUGGUGUAUGCAUAGAUGGCAUUCUUUAUCUCUUUGGAGGCCAUCAUGCUAGAGGCAAUACUAAUUUGGUUUAUCGUCUGCCCUUGAGGGCAUCAACGCUUUUCUGGGAGAGGAUGAAGGACCUGAAGGGUUUAGCCCCCUCGUGUAAAGACAAACUGGGCUGUUGGGUGUACAAGAACAAUUUGGCGUAUUUUGGGGGCUAUGGCUAUGUGGCACAAGCAGGUCAUCGCGGAACAUUUGAAUUAGAUGAGAAUUCGCUCAUGGGUAACCACGUGGGACGGGGUUGGAACAAUCACAUUCACGUUCUCAAUCUUGAAACAUCGUCUUGGAGUCAACCCAUCACAAAGGGAAAUGCUCCAACCCCAAGAGCAGCCCAUGCUUGUUCCACUGUAGGAAACCGAGGUUAUGUCUUUGGAGGGCGUUACAUGGAUCAUCGUCUGAAUGACUUGUACUAUAUCAACAUGGACACCUGGGAAUGGAGCGAAAUGUCUGUACCACAGCAUGGUCCAGUUGGCCGCUCAUGGCACUCUUUCAUACCUGUUUCAUCUGACCACAUCUUCCUGUUCGGUGGCUUUACUACCAACAGAGAAACACUGAGUGAUGCCUGGCUGUACUGUGUGAGCACAAAUGAGUGGAGACCAUUUAAACACAGCCACACGGAAAGUCCCAGACUCUGGCACACAGCAUGCUCAGGUCCAGAUGGGGAAGUGUUUGUGUUUGGAGGCUGCGCCAAUAACCUUCUCUCACACCAGCGAGCGGCCCACAGCAAUGAAUUAUUAAUCUUCAAUGUUCAGCCCAAAUCACUGCUUCGGUCUUGUAUGGAGGUUAUUGUGCACCACAGACAGCAGCUGGAGAGCAUGUGGGACUGCCUGCCCAAACAUCUCCUACAUAGCAUCAAACAGUGGAUUGGUACCACCAACACUGGAGGUUCCUAGAACUAAGUGCACACAUGCGCACUUCAGUAAACUGAGAGCAAUAGUGCACCUGUGUAUGAGGCACAGCAGCUUUGCUUAAUUGCUAAGGCCCACUGGCUUGUUCAAGGAGGUGGUCAAGGCCAAAAUUAGGUGUGGGGAAGUCAAAGGACUCUUCUAGUCAAGUCCAACUUUCUGUGUUUUGUAUAAUAGUCGUGCUCUGACAUAUAAACUGAAAUGUAUGGUUUAGCAUUUGGCAUGGUUUUACAUUCAAACAGCUCCUAACUCUCACCUACACUACCAUUCAAAAGACUGGACGUACCCUUUCAUAGAAUAGGUUUUUUUUUUAUUUUCAACAUUUUGCAAUAAUAAUUGUAUCAAAAACUAUGAAAUACUUCAUAUGGUAUUACCAAUCAUGUUCUACCAAACAGGGAUAUUUAGACCCCCUCCUUGUUACAGCAAAACUGAUUGGCUGAAGUGCAUUGACAAGGAUGGACGUUCCACUAAUUCACAUUUGAAGAAACACAAUGUAAUCGGGAUGAUAUAACACCCUUGGUUCCAAUUCCAUUUUCCAGUUUUAAGAGGCUGUUUACACCUUUUAUUAACUUGUUUUCAUCUCAGGAUUACAUCUGUUUUUUUCUGAUUAAACACUUCGGCCAGAUUCUGUUUACACUUUUCACUAAAAUACGUCCCUAAUGUAACCAGAUGAGAUCCGAUUUUACUUUCUCAUGUAAAAAGCACACCAAUUCAUAUGUUGUUUCUGCUUUAUAUAUGGUUACUUUUUCUCAUGUCACCUUAUGAAUCAACAAGCUUGGCAUGGACGCUUUCAUUGGCUCAAAGUGCAAGAAUGCACUCCAGCUUUGCAUAUUCUAAAUCUUUUGUUUUUCCACUCAUUGUAAUUGUAUGCGGAUAAAGAAAAACAUUCAAUUUAUUAUUGUGUUGCAUAUGGUCAUAAUCUGUCUCUGACCACCUCCGAAUGUGGUUUGAGUGAUGAGAUUUUAAUCUGAUCAAAAUGCGUUCUGGGGCUGCUUACACGUUGCUUUUUGCAUGGUCAAGUGAAAUCCAAAUGUGCUCAGAUUGCUGAAAAUGCAUGUUGAUGCAAGGUGAACACAGCCUUAAAAUCCUACAUGAAAAGUACUUGUUUAAAAAAAAUAUAUAUACUUUUGUUUUGGACAUAAAUUUCUACAUAGGCAUUCAUUUGCAAAUGUAUAUUGGUCUUAGAAACAACUUUAAAGUAUGAGCUUUUACAUCAAAUUUUUUUGAAAAAUACACCAUCAGCUGUGUCCAAAUUUUGACCUCCCAGUGUUCCAGCACAAGAACCAAGUGCAGUAUAUAAUCAGAAGGCUUGAAAGCCACUAUACAUUGCUAAAUAACAAGAAGCAGUAUAAAAAAGGAUUUAGGAAGUAACUUGCGGCACUGAUAAGGCUGAUAAUUAUCAUGAAGAAAGCAUAUUAUAAUGCUAUUAAUUAUUAUUAACAAUGCAAACCAUGUUGACUAUUUUUUCUAGCCUUUACAUUGCUUUUAAAAGGAGGAGAUCUACCUAUGAUAUCUUGUGUGUUGUCAUGAAAUAAAUUUGCCCUGUGUUGCG